AUGAAGAUGAAAUUCACAAUUGGAAGUUUGAAUGUGAGGUCACUGUGGCAAGCUGGAACAUAUGCGAUGCUGAAAAAAGAGCUUGAGAGGUUUAGAUUUCAUGUGAUUGGCACAGAAACCGAGCAUAUUCAUGGAGUGGGAAUGAUUCUUGGAAAGCAAAUAAGAAAAGCAUUAAUGGAAUACAAUCCGGUAAAAGACAGGUUUAUGUAUGCCAGAUUCAAAAGGUAUCCAAGAGGUAUUAUUGUGAUAGUUGCUUAUGCUCCGACAACAAAUUAUUCGGAUGAUGAAGUUGAAACGUUUUUAGAACAAAUGGAACAAACUUUCAAAGCAUUACUAAAGAAAGAUGUCAAGAUCAUUGUUGGGGACUAG